ACAGUGGACUGUAGUCUGUGAUCGUUAGUCUUUACAUACUACAUUUAGAUAUUUUAAUAUUUUAUAUACAUUUGUAAGCAAACUUCGUAAACAAUUUUUAUUUUAUUCAUCAAGUGCAGUCUUUAUUUUUCAUUGUAUUAAAGUUAAUUUGAACUAUAUUCCGUACUUAUUGUGCUUUAAACCAGUGCGAGCUUGAAUGCAAAAAGAUUUGGACGAUCGAGGGACACGUGCACAGUAUUUGUGAAGGGCAGAAAACAGGUGUUUAUGGUAGAGCUGUUUUUAACGCCAACGUGUUUUAAAUUAAAUAAACCGCUCUAAUACAUCGGUUGCAUAUACAGGUGUCGUAAAACGCUGCUUAGAUUUGGACAUCUUACUUUGUAUUAAUUGUGUAUUACGAAUUUAAUUCACACUGUACGUAAUGCAUACUAUAAUUUUUCUAAUAUAAUAACAUCGAAUACACGAACAUACCAUAUGAUAGACCUACACCAUAAUAAUAAUAUACGAUUUAUUAUCUAUAUUAUAUCCGUCCUAAAUAGUAAAUAAACUGCAGACCCAUAUCGAUCGAGAGUCCGAGACCAGUGAUCGUUGAACUAUUACGUGCGUAGGUGAAUAAGAGAAAGAAGUAGUUCUGAAACGGUAAGAAACAAGAAAAUAUGUCGUCAUCGUCGCGAUCGCAAUCAGUAGAGCAACGGGUGGCCAAGUUUGAGACGUUCAUCAACGACGUGCUCAAGGACAGCUUAAAACAGAUCUCGGCCGCUCUGGAUGUGAUCAACGACCAGAUCUCGGAACUGGAAGACGUGCGCAACACCGUGGACACAAUGAGCCGGCUGGCGGGCGAACUUCCGGCCGGCAAGCCGUUGAAGACCCGUGUCAACGUGGGGUGCGACUUCUUCAUGCAGGCCAACGCGGACGUCCGGACGUUCUUGGUGUGCGUGGGGCUGGGAUGUUAUGUCGAGUACACCAGGGACGAGACACUGGCUCAUGUCCGUGUCCGGACCAAAUUGCUCAAGGAGCGGGCAGACGAUCUCCGGGACAAGGGGGCCCGGGUCCGAGCUCAAAUCACCCUGGCCCUGCACUGCAUACAGGCAGAGCAAGGCUUAUAGUGACGCGAGUGCAGGUCAUAUCGUAAAAGACUGCACUUGCAUUGCACAUGCGCAAUAUGCAUCCGCCAUGAAUUCACACACUGAGCAUGCAUACGAACGAAGCUAUAAUAGUUGUCGUUUCGUUAUAUUUUCAAAUAUCAUUCUAAUAAAACAGUGAACAUGACUAUUGUAGGAAUACUUACUUUUUUAUUAAAUAUAAUGUAUUUUUUGAAUUGUA